CCAGUAGAGGGUGAGCCAUUCGACAUCUUCUCAUCAACUACACAACCGACUUUACUUACCCCUACAACCGAACCGUACCAACAUGAAGCUUUCAAUCGCUUUUGUCCUUGGUGUCUGUGGCCUGGGAAUGGCGGCGGACCUUGGAUCAGGGCUUCAGAAAGUAAAGUGCAAAACCAACGCUGUGUGCAGAUCCAUAUGCUCUUCAACAUCGUAUCCAAGAUGUUGUAGCAACCCUCAGGACAAGAGCAGCAAUUAUUGCUAUUGCUACGCCUCAGCCAACGUCAUUGACAAAUCCUGUGCAAAGGAUUGAAAAUUCUAUGGGGGAUUCGAUCAAGUUAGCAUAAGUCAUUGCAUGGAGUUCUCCACGUGAGUUUAAGCUCGGCUGGCUUUUUGCGGGUAGAUAGUUAUUGCACUCGACAACACAUAAUAGCAAACUCAAUGUCACAUCAAUCCAUUUGGCUAUACCAA